AUGAGUGGUGAUGAAAGUGAAGAUAAUGGGAAUUCAGUAGCAACAGAAUCUGACUUUGAAGAUAUAUUUGAUGAAAAUUUUCAACCAGACUUUUACUGUAGUUCACGAGAAAACACCGAUUCGGAAUCGGAACCAGAAAUCAAAGUUGUUGACUUAACCAUUGACACAGCUCCAGAUACCAUGGUUAACACUAACAGAGUUAAAUCUCUGGCAGCACUUUUUGAAGAAGCAUUUCGUGCUACAGAAAAGGCAACUAAAAAGGCUGUACCAAAAGAAGAUGCUUAUAUAGAUGAAGGGGAUGCAACUUACACAUGUUCUUAUUGUGGAGCUAUUAUGUGGUUUGGUGAACGCUUAAAUAGGCGUCUGAAAACACCCAAUCCUAAGUUUUCUCUAUGUUGUAUGCAAGGACAAGUGCAGUUACCAUUACUAAAACAACCACCAGAAGUUCUUAAGAAUUUGCUGAUUGGAGAUGAUAAAUUAAGCAAACAUUUUCAGAGAAACACAAGAGCUUACAACAUGGUCUUCUCAUUCACUUCACUUGGUGGAAAAAUUGAUAGAUCUGUUCGAAAGGGAAAAGGGCCAAACAUGUUGGUACUCCAAGGUGAGAAUUACCAUUUAAUUGGUAGUUUACAACCACCAAAUGGAAAUGAUGCUAAGUUCGGACAGCUUUAUAUCGUUGACACUGAAAAUGAAACAGAAAAUAGAACAAAGGCUUUGAGCAAAAGGGGUCAAGCGAAAGCUUAUAAAAAAAGUGAUGGACUUAAGAAAGAGAUCAUCGACCUUCUGAUAAAGAUGCUGAAUGAGACCAACCCUUACGUUAAACAGUUCAGAUCAGCAAAAGAUCGUUUCACCAUCAAUCCUAGAGACUCUUUUCAUAUGAGGAUAGUCAGUGAUAGAGUAAAGGAUGGAAGAACAUAUGACACACCUACAGCAUCAGAAGUUGCUGCACUGAUUCCUGGAGAUUUCAAUCUGGACAUGGAUAAAAGAGAUAUUGUUCUUCAACAGAAAUCAGGGAAGUUGCUAAGGAUCGAUGAAAUACAUGCUUCAUAUCUUGCACUUCAGUAUCCUCUUUUAUUUGUACAUGGAGAGGAUGGUUUCAGACUUGGAAUAAAGAAAGGUGUUACUAAAGCUACUAAAAAACUAAAAAAGGAAAAUAUCAGCAUGAGGCAGUUCUUUGCUUUUCGUUUGCAUGAACGCAAGAAUGAGGCUCAUACUAUCCUAAAUUCAGGAAGGUUGUUUCAGCAGUUUGUUGUGGAUGCCUACACAACUAUAGAAUCCAAUCGCCUACGCUAUCUGAGGACUCACCAGACGACUUUGCGUUCUGAUAGUUAUGACUCUAUCAAGCAGUCAGAAAAUGCGGGCAGGAUUGAUAUGGCCGAGCAAGGAUCUUCGUUUGUCUUACCAGCUACGUUCACUGGUGGUCCUAGAUAUAUGAAAAACCUUUAUCUGGAUGCAAUGACUAUAUGUAAGAAUUUUGGUUUUCCAAAUCUUUUCAUCACUUUUACAUGCAAUCCUAAAUGGCCAGAGAUCACAAGACAUCUUACCAACCGCAAGUCAAAGGCAGAGGACAGAUCAGACAUCAUUUGCAGGAUGUUCAAAAUGAAACUGGAUUCAUUGAUGGAUGAUUUAACUAAGAAGAAUAUCCUUGGCAAAACUGUAUCCUCUAUGUACACGAUUGAAUUUCAGAAGCGUGGUCUACCAUAUGCUCACAUUCUCUUAUUUAUGCAUCCUACGGCCAAGUUUCCCACUACAGAUGAUAUUGACAAGAUCAUUUCAGCUGAGAUUCCAGAUAAGUCUCAAGAACCAGAGCUGUACGAUAUUGUCAAGGAUAUGAUGAUUCAUGGACCAUGUGGGGCUGCUAAUAUGAAAUCUCCUUGCAUGGAAAAUGGGAAAUGUUCUAAGCUUUACCCGAAAUCAUUUGCUGAUAAGACAACAGUGAGUAAAGAAGGAUUUCCGAUUUACCGUAGAAGAGAAGAUACAGAUCGUUAUGUAGAGAAGAGUGGAGUGAAAUGUGACAACAGAUUUGUUAUUCCUUAUAACAAGAAACUAUCUCUACGUUAUCGAGCUCAUAUUAAUGUAGAGUGGUGCAACCAGACUGGUUCUAUAAAGUACUUAUUUAAGUACAUUAAUAAAGGAAGUGAUCGUGUGACAGUAGCUGUGGAACCACCGGAUCACAUGGUUGCAGAGGCGCUUGGUAUUCCAGAAGGAGAAGUGGACCAAAUCAAAAGGAAUGAAUUCAAAGAGUUCUUUGAUUGCAGAUAUGUUUCUGCGUCUGAAGGAUCAUGGAGAAUUUUUAAGUUCCCCAUUCAUUUCAGGUCAACCGCAGUUGAGAAGCUUAAUUUCCAUCUUCCAGUUGAUGAUCUGGCUAAAACUCUAACCUAUGCUCAGAUUCCUAACUUCUUUACAUAUUCCAAGAGCCAGAAGAAGUUCAUAAGACGGAAAAGGGGAUUCAGUGUUGGCCGAAUCAACUAUGCUCCACGUAAUCAAGAACAUGCUUAUUAUCUCCGUGUGUUGUUGAACUAUGUGAGAGGUCCUACGAGUUACGAUGACAUCAAAACAUUUGAAGGUGUUGUUUAUCCAACCUACAAAGAUGAAUGUUAUGCUCGAGGAUUGUUAGAUGAUGAUCAAGAUUUAUCUGGGCCAGAGGACGUUUGGGAGAAGACUUGGGAAUGUCUUUCAGAUGAUAUUGAGCAUCACAGGCGUAAAACUUUCAAUAGGCCAGGACUAUUGUUAAGUGACGAUGAGAAAAAGAAAUUCGCUUUGCUGGAGAUUUAA